AUGGAUAAGAUGAUGAAGGCUUACCAGUUCUCAACCCCAGCGAAAGGCCUGGAGUACCGUGAGCUACCUAUUCCGGUCCCAGCCAAGGACCAGCUCCUGGUUCAGAUCAAAGCGACCGGUCUUUGCCACACGGAUUGCAACAUAAUUUCUGGACUCGACAAUACGUUCUUUUGGAACAGGCCCAUCACUCUAGGCCACGAGAUUGCUGGCGUAGUAGUUGGUUGCGGACCUAAGGUUUCGAAGUUUGCCGCUGGAGACAAAGUCGUGUCUGUAGUCACCGCGAAACACCCGGUAGAGAUCGGAGAUGUUGUCAGAAGCCCCGGCAUCGGCAUAGACGGCGGAUUCGCCGAAUACGUUUUACUCUACGAAUCGAAGACCCUGCCCAUACCCGACGGAGUCAGCUUUGCACAAGCCGCCGUUGCCACAGAUGCCGUUGCGACAGCCUACCAUGCCGUUGUAACUGAGGGGCAAGUUCAAAAAUCAUCGAAAGUUGCCAUCAUUGGACUAGGUGGCCUUGGGUUAUCCGCUGUUCAAAUUGCAUCUCACCAUGGCGCCAAGGUCUAUGGGGUCGACAUCCAUCGUCGCAAGUAUCCUGCAGCACUGAUGUCCGGGGCCUACUGCUGCGGAAGAUCCCUGGAUGACUUCCCUGGCGUCAAGUUUGAUGUUGUUCUUGACUUUGCUGGAGUCGGCAUUACCACCGCUGCCGCCGCCAAAGCCGUUAAGGCGGGUGGCAAAGUUGUUCUCGUCGGGCUCACCAAGAAGGAGGCCACAAUCGACACGCACAACUUCGUCGCCUUGGGCGUGCACCUUGUGGGAUCUGUUGGGUCAUCGAUGGACGAAGUUGAGACAGCGCUGGAAAUGGUUGCAAAGAAGGAAAUUACUCCUGCUAUCGAGGAGGUUGCGUUCGGGAACUUGAAGAAUGAGUUACACCGCCUGGAACGAGGUGAUACUGUCGGGCGUCUGUAUGCCGACCCAUCCAAAUCAGUUGAGAGGGUGGUGAGAGCCUAG